AGAAAUGGAAUCAGCACUCGUCGACUCGUGCUGAAGAAAGGUGCGAAGCCAACUAUUUUCGAUAGACCACGGACAAGUCCGGAGCACCCGACCCCCUCCACAAGCGGACAGACUGGGCACAUGAGGUCUGCAUUUGCCAAAAGGGAAAGGAAGAGGACAAUAGAUCAGAUCAUGGACAGUACGACUACGGCAUCAGUGGCGGAUGCGGUGGAUGAACCAAUGGCAAUGGCACUAGAUUUGCCUGAUGAGGAGGGCGAUCAAGAUCAGGGAAAUACAAGAGAACAAGGAUGCCAGACGGACUGGGUACCGAUUGGGACAGCACCAACAGCAAUGACCAGUAGCAAGAGCACCCAAACAGGGAAAAUACAUCAUAGAUCAAAGGGACACCAGGUGACCCCAGAUAUCCUCGAGAGGGUUAGAGCUCGGCCGGCCAGGGUUAGUGAAGUCCCAUUGUCAAGUGUAGCAGCUCCAUCUGACAGCCCCGAGAUGCAGACUAACAUAGCAGCUCCAGGUGUGUCUGGAAUGCAAGCCAAGCUACGACCACCUCCUGCAUUGUUUGAUGAAGGACCAGCAUCAAGUCCCACUGCGCCUUUUGUUGGUGGUUCUUCCGAUGACAGCUAUGUGCCGAGUGAGUCAACGACAUCGGAUCCGUGUCAAUCUGACGGGUCGCCAGAUCGCCCAUGUACUCACCAGAUGCAUGAAGAGGGCUGCCACAAGGAACCGAAGUACAUCAUCUUUGAGUCGUGCCUCCAGAGUCUCGUCAAGUGGUGUCACUGUCCAGUCUGUGGCAGCCAGGACAUAAGCCCUUCUUGGGAUUCGAACGGUACACAGCUGACCAUGACUCUUCAAUGUGCAUCAUGUGACCAGAGGAGUAGUUGGAGCAGCCAGCCAAACAUUGGCCCUUAUGCCGCGGGCAACAUCCUGCUGUCUGCUGGCAUCCUCUUCGCUGGGGCAUCUUCUGGCAAGGUGUUGCAAGUGCUGAACAGCAUCGGAGUGGUCACGUAUGUGAAGAGGACAUUUUUCAACCACCAGGAGCUCAUCCUGCAGCCAGCCAUCAAAAAGGUGUGGGAGGAACAGCAACGGACGCACCUCACCAUGCUGCAGGUGGAAGGCCGACCCCUCGUCCUUGGUGGUGAUGGGCGAGCAGACAGUCCGGGACACAGCGCCAAGUUCGGUACCUACACCACAAUGGAGCUUGUGGCCAAUGUGGUUCUCGACCUUCAGGUUGUACAGAGCAACGAAUGUCUUGGCAGCUACCAUAUGGAGAUGGAAGGACUGAAGAGGAUGGUGGAACUGCUGAUCAGCUGGGACCUGGAUGUCGGGGUGCUGGUGACAGACAGACACAGACAGAUCGCUAAAUGGAUUCGUGAAAACAUGCCCAAUACACGGCACUGCUAUGACAUCUGGCAUGUUGCAAAAUCCAUCGGAAAGAAACUGAAGGCCAUCGCCAAGCAUAAGGACUGUGAAGACCUGAAGCCCUGGGUGCAAAGUAUAAUCAACCACCUCUACUGGGCAGCAGUGUCUACACCGCCUGGAGAGGGGGAACUUCUGGUUGCCAAGUGGAAGUCUGUGGAGCGACACAUUCAGAACAUCCACAAGGACCAUGGCGACCUCUUCCCAAUUUGUACUCAUGGACAACUGCAACGGCAAAAGAAAUGGCUCAAACAAAGUUCACGCUCAGCAGUGAAACUGGAGGAGGUGGUCAACAACAAGUCCCUGCUAAAAGAUAUCGCCAUGCUGUCGGGUGAACACCAGACUUCCAAGGUGGAGGCGUUCCAUAGCCUUAUCAUACAGUUCGCACCGAAAAUGUAUGUCUUCUCAUACAUCGGAAUGCUGUGCAGGAACCUGCUUGCUGGGCUGCACUGGAACGAAAAUUCGAGCCGCCCUAUAGCCACUACACAAGCGGGUGCUGAGCGCUAUGCAGUACGCUACCCGAAGUAUAAAGCAGGGGGCCAUGUGGUCAAGAAAAUCGCGACAGAGCCAACAUACCGCUACGUAGAUGACUUGAUCAGGGAGGUUGUUGCUGGCUGCAGACAGACCCCUGACGAGAGAACACCACUCAGCGUCACUGUGGAUGUGCCUCCCUUCCUCUGCGAUGAACUGGAGAAGCCAGACAAGGAGGAAGCCAUCGCCAAGCACAGGAGUCGCUUCGGUAAGUGUGAAAUGCCCUCCCGGUAACAGUUAGAGAUGCUACCUCAGUAGAAGCAUUUAAGUCCCAUCUUAAAACUCAUUUGUAUACUCUAGCCUUUAAAUAGACCCCCUUUUUAGACCAGUUGAUCUGCCGUUUCUUUUCUUUUCUCCUCUGCCCCCCCCCCCACGUGGAGGGGUUAUUCCGGUGACCAUGGAUAAAGUGCUGGCUGUCCAGAGUUGGGACCCGGGGUAUACCGCUCGCCUGUGCAUCGGUUGGGGACAUCUGCGCUGCUGACCCGUCUCCGCUCGGGGUGGCCUCCUGCUGGCUCCACUGGACCCUCACUAAUAUGUUAGACCCACUCGACAUCCAUUGCUUUCGGUCUCCCCUAGAGGGGGGGGGUUACCCACAUAUGCGGUCCUCUCCAAGGUUUCUCAUAGUCAUUCACAUCGACGUCCUACUGGGGUGAGUUUUCCUUGCCCGUGUGUGGGCUCUGUACCGAGGAUGUCGUUGUGGCUUGUACAGCCCUUUGAGACAUUUGUGAUUUAGUGCUAUAUAAAUAAACAUUGAUUGAUUGACUGAU